UGACAACUAACGUUAACUGUUGGAUAAAUGUUUUAAAUGCGAAUGGCAUUAUUUAUUCAUUUUACACAUUAGACUGUACGGACCGAAGCGGCAACAUGAACAGCUAGCAGUUACUCGGAUAGCGACCAAAUGAAGAAGAAGCGAGCUAACUAACGGUAGCUCAGUCUCAAGCGUAUAUUUAAACUAUCAUGAUUACAUUUUUCAUGAUAAAGUAAAUUAAACUCCGGCCGCUAUGAAUAAAGAAAACCAUCGCAGAAAAGAUUAGUUUUACGAGCCGGAUGCUGUCAAAUGGAGAAUGACAUCAUGGAGCCUCAUGGAUGUAGCGCACUGUCAGACAUCGGCCUGUUUACCUCGCACCUCGGUUCAGAAAGGCCAACCCCUCCGUCCGGGCGGGAAAAGAUGGGGGGCUACAAAUGCUCUCAGUGCAGUGAGGUUUUUUCUGGGCCGGGUCUCCUGAAGCGCCACUUCAGAGUCGCCCACAGCGGGCGCGGACCUGAAGGCCCGUUCCCCUGCACCGAGCAGGGCUGUCGCUUCAGCAGCGCGGGCCGCCAGGAAUAUCAAGCCCACCUGAUGUCCACACAUGGCCUCACCCUGGUUCCUUGCAACCUGCGGUCCUGCAAAGUGUCAUUCCUCACACAGGAUGAGAUGGAGAGACACUUCCGGGGCCACAUGCCCUUCGGCUGCUUUCAGUGUCAGUUUGUCACGUUGAAUGGCAAAGACAUGAAUGACCACCUUAUGCAGCACAACCAUCGGCCGCCUGCCGCUCAAGAUAAGGAGACUGCAGCCACGGAACUCACUAAUGGAAGCCACCGACCUCACGCUCCUGGCAGGCCGAAGAGAGCGCUAAUCCCAAAACCAGUUCAUGCAUCAUCGUUAACAGAAGACAGGAACGAAGACUCGUCUGAGGGAGAAAGGUGCAACAUCAAAAGAGCGAGGAAAGCAGUGGAAAGAGACAAACCUUCAGCACUGAAGGCUGCAUCGCUGCCAUCCAAAGAGUACCUGGCGGAGGGAUCCGAGCAAACCUAUCGCACCCACACCUGCCCCAAGUGUCGACGCUGCUUCAAGAUGCGCUCCCACCUGCAGGAGCACCUCCACCUACAUUUCCCCGACCCCAGCCUCCAGUGUCCCAACUGCAAGCGCUACUUCACCAGCAAGAGCAAGCUGCGCCUCCAUCGGCUCCGCGAGGCGGGUCACAAGGUUCACCGGUGCCACUUGUGUGAAUAUUCUGCCGUGGAGCGGAAUGCGAUCCGCCGCCACGUGGCCAGCGUGCACGCCGACGAGGCCGAGGGCGGCGGGAACGCUCGCACCUAUCCCUGCCCCAGCUGUGGUCAAAGCUUCCACCAGAGCAGGUCGCUCAAGGCCCACAUGAAGACGCACAACAUCGUGUCGGGCAGCGAGCCGGCGGCCUGCUUCCGAGAGGGCUGUUCCUUCCACAGUUCUGUGCCCAAAGAGCUUCUCCGGCACAGCGCCGAGGCGCAUGGGGUCACGGCUGUAGAGUGUCGCCAUCACGCCUGUGGCGCCGUCUUCCAGAGUGAGACGGACAUGCAGGCUCAUUACCGGAAGCACCUCGCCUACCACUGCUCGCAGUGUGAUUUCUCUUGUUCCAAUAAGGCCGUCCUCCUCCAACACCAACGCCACGGCCACCCGGGAAACCACCAGCUUUGCUGCGACUUUUGCUCCUUCGUCACGUUCAACCCCGUGGAGUUCAGGCAGCACGUCGGCCAUCUGCACGCCAGCGAGAAGAUCCAUCGCUGCUCUCAGUGCAGCUACGUGACCUCGCAUGAGCGGGGCUUGAAGCGGCACAUGCUGAUGCACAGCGGUGAGAAGCCCCACAAGUGUAGCCUGUGUGACUUCAGAUGCCGAGAUGAGUCCUACCUCUCCAGACAUAUGCUCACUCACUCGGAUGACAAGAACUAUAUGUGCGCUGAAUGUGGCUACGUCACUAAAUGGAAGCACUAUCUGAGUGUCCAUAUGAGGAAACAUUCUGGAGACCUCAGGUAUCGGUGUGACCAGUGUCCCUACCGCUGUCACCGCAUGGACCAGCUCAAUAGCCACAAACUACGACAUCAGGCCAAAUCACUCAUGUGCGAGAUCUGCGCUUACGCCUGCAAGCGCAAAUAUGAGCUCCGCAACCACAUGGUGGCCAAACACUCGGGUCAGGAGACGCCGCCGUCAAUCCUAAAGUGCAAAUACUGCACGUACACGACCUGCUACAGACAGGCCCUUCAGAACCACGAGAACUGCAAACACACCAAGCUGAAAGAGUUCCGGUGUGCGCUCUGCUUCUAUUGCUCCUUCAGUAGCAUCAGCCUCUUUCUGCACAAGAGGAAAGCUCACGGCUACGUACCUGGGGACAAAGCGUGGCUGGAGAACUACGCCGCAAAGGAAAAGGAGAGGAACUCAACAGAGUUCUCCCAGGACUUCUACGAUAAGCCCCGAGUAGUUCAUGAGCAGGCUGAACCAGCAGCUUGUGAAGAACCUCCCUGUCAUAGAGAACAUGACUCUGCAGAUCAUUGUGCCGGCAAACAAUCCAAAGAUGGUUCACGUACUGGAGAGUCUGUGGAUGCUUUGGAGGUUGCUAAUGACGGCGUUUCUAACAGUCCGGAGGAGUACUGCACUCUUGUCUUAACCACACUAUCAACCACAGACUAUCAGACCUCUUCUUCUCCUCCUCUGCAAAGUCAGGAAGGACAUUGCACGAAUCAAACUCCAAGCACUGACCAUCCAGAUCACAAAGGCGUUGACGUACCACAAGAGGAGGUAGACUCCUGCACAUCUUCAUCAGAGGAAGACAACAUCGCCACGGCGGAUGCAGAAGGUGGACAAAGUGAUUCAGAUGAUACCUUUGUUCCUCUGAGUGAUACAAGUCAACCAGUAGUACCUCGGCAGUGUCAGACAUCUACGGGGGAGAAUGGCGGCCGGUCGCUCGCUUCCACUUUUCCCUCCGAGCAGAACAAGCCGUCAGAAUCUGAGAUCCGCCUGAAAGCCAUGAAGAAGCACGACAAGGACCAAGCGGAUGCCAUGGUUUUGGAGGGAAGGGUGCAGAUGCUCGUGGUGCCUUCCAAAGACGUCCAUCGAUGCGAGCGGUGCUCCUCCGUAAGCCGCAGGCAGAGCGCGUUGCAGGCCUCCUGCUGCGGGGGGACAAAGGGACACAAGUGCCACGAUUGUGGGGCUCAAUUCCGACAGAAGCGAGGCCUCGACAGCCACCGGGCCAACAAGUGCCCGGCGCUUCCUCCAAUAACCAGGCAAGACAAGUCUUCUGAAGGUCAAGGAGGAUCGGAGCAAAUUGAUGCAUCGAAUGCUGAUCCGCUGGAACUCCUCAGUCGGGAUUCCACCGACAAAAAAUGUAAAGGGUUUGUUCAGACGAAACAACGUUCUCAAGUUACACUUUCAAAGAAGCGGUUUUCCUCUAGCAAACAACAACAAUUUACUCCACUGCUCAGAUCCCUUCACGCCAAAAAAGACGGAAAAUUUAAAUGCAAACUGUGCAGUUUUUCGUCAAUCAGGCUCACAACAGUCGAGCGACACCUCUCUCUCUGCAGAAAGAUCUUAAAGAAAUGCGAGAGUCCGAUUGUUCCUGCAGUGGGGGAUGAGCUCCGUCUCGAGGUGGUCCACGACCAAGAAGAGGUGGAAGAGCGGAAAGACGGCAACGUUUCAGGAAAAGCAAAACUGCUGUCCUGUCCGAGCUGCGCGUUUAAGUGCAGUCAGAAAAGGGCAUUGGACAGCCAUGAAAAGAGAGGCUGCCUGAAGCCAGACCAGCUCCAGUGCACCAUGUGUCCACUGGUGACCACAUCUCCGACCUCCUUGACCCGUCACAUGACCCGGGCCCACAACGACGGGGAAGGGGCCCCGGCUAAACUCUGCACCUUGGCCUGUACGCAGGAGCGGCGCCGCCCUCACCGCUGUGGCUUCUGCCCUUUCAGCACCGCGAGGCGCUACCGCCUGGACCAGCACCUGUCCCUCCACACGGGGGUCGGCCGCCACAGUUGCGACGCGUGUGACAAGACCUUCGGCGCCGCCGCCAAAUUGCGGCAGCACAAGGCGCGCGUCCACGACAAGCGGCCCACGCACUUCUGCCCGCUCUGUGACUUCAGCGGCUACACGCUGGAGGACGUGAGGCGCCACGACCUCCGGAGCCACGCCGGGGGGCCGCGCCACGCCUGCGCUCACUGCGAGGCCCGCUUCAGUUCGGAAGUCGCGCUGAGAAACCACCGCAAGCGUGCGCACCGCCUCCAGGUCGGGUCCCCGCGCGGCAGCGAGGGCUCGCCGAAGAGCCGGUGUGAGAGCGAGCGCCCCGGGGUGAAGUGGACCGGGGAGGGCCUCGACACCCACCUGCCACAUCGGUGUCAGCUGUGCCCCUUUGGCGCCAAAACGCGGCAGCUGUUAGCGCGGCACCUCCUGGGCGAGCACGAGGAGGGCUCUGCGCAGGAAAAGCCCUUCAAGUGCAGCUCCUGUCCGUUCGCUUGCCGCCAUCAGCUGGUGCUGGAGCAGCACCUCCGGUCACAUGGGGGCCAGCGCCUGUACAAGUGCACGGACUGCGAGUACGCCAGCCGGAACAAGCAGAAGAUCACGUGGCACAUUCGCAUCCACACGGGAGAGAAGCCGUACAGCUGCGAGCGGUGCAGCUACACGUGCAGCGACCCGUCCAGGUUGAAGCUUCACAUGAGGGUUCACCAAGAAGAGAAGAAGUACCUUUGUCCUGAUUGUGGCUACAAAUGCAAGUGGGCGACUCAGCUGAAGUAUCACAUGACCAAGCACACAGGGGACAAGCCGCACGCCUGUGACGAGUGCGACUACCGCACCAACCGAGCGGACGCGCUCCGCGCCCACCGCGACACGCAGCACUGCGACCUGCGGCCCUACGUCUGCGAGAAAUGCGGCAAGGCCUUCAAGACCAGUUUCAUCCUGAAGACCCAUCAGCGGCAGCACAGCGACGAGCGGCCCUACUCGUGCGGCUCGUGCCACAAGGCCUUCCGCUGGCCCGCGGGCCUCCGCCAUCACUUCCUCUCGCACACCAAGCAGCAGCCCUUCUGCUGCCGCCACUGCUCCUACCGGGCCAAGCAGAAGUUCCAGGUGGUCAAGCAUCUGCGGAGGCACCAUCCAGAGGUGUCGGUGGAGCAGGGGGUGGUCAAGGACUCGCAGGCGGUCAGCCUGACCCUGAAGGAGGCCUUGCAGGGGACGCUGGGCGAGAAAGCAGCAGCAGCGGAGGAGGAGGAGGAGGAGGAGGAGGGAAUUGGAGACGAUGCAAGGAGCAAAGACGUGGUCGUGCAAAGGGAAGAAGACAGCGAGACCAAACGCUGAAGAGAAGCCACAAUAUUCUCAGUGUGGGCAAUUCAGAUGGUAAAAGGCAAUCAUUGUGGAGCUGACGCAGUAAGAGGUUAAAUCAGGGAAUGUGGAUUAAAAGGCCGGUGUGUCCAAGUCCCUUGAAAAGUUGUAAAGUGACUAAAUGAACAUCAAUGAAAAAAUGUUUUUUUGAACCAUUCAGAAAAUGCAUUUAUUUACAGGGCUAUGUACAUUAUACACAACCUUCAUUGUAGAAUAAGUACAUUAGUAUGUUGAUAUAGAAA